AUGCAUCCAUAUGUAACUGAACCAGAACACAUUCCAGCCACUGACUUGUAUGCGGAUGUCCCGCUCUACGGACGGUAUCGGCCCAAGCCAGGCGAAUUUUCCGUUAAGCCAGAGCACAUUGGGUGCCAUUCUGCUGAGUCAAUCCGAUACUGGGAGUCAGUACUUAGCCUAUGUGAUGAAAGUACCCGAAUCUAUCCCGCAGACGAAGGUGGGCGUGACGUUUUCGCACUUGGAAAUGUUAUUGUCAAAUCGAGUCAUCUUCACAACACACCAGAGAUCGAUUAUUCGUUCGCCGAUGCAAAUGAGGUCCAGGCUAUUUCUAUCGCCAAAGGCGUACUCGGAGGUAUCAGAGUACCGGAGAUAUACUUUGCUGGGAAGAUACGUGGUCGCCAAGUACUUAUCCAAGAGAGACUUCCAGGCGUUGCUCUGAGUGUUGCAUGGCCGUACCUUUCAGGGACUCAAAAGCAGUCCUUUAAAGAGCAAGCACGAACAAUACUACGACAGCUGCAUACCAUCAAGCCCUUUGACGGACGCCGGGCUCGGUCCCAUGUUGUCCAAGAUCCUAAUAUUUUCAGUAAUGGUCGGAUCAAUCCCCUGGAAGGAGAGAUAAUCCUUUCCGACAUCAAUAAUGACGCGGACUUGAGCUUUAUGCACAAUGAUUUUACCCAAUCCAAUUGCAUUGUCGACAAUGACAAGAUCGUGGGACUUAUCGAUUGGGAAAUGGCUGGAUUCUUUGGUUGGAAGACGGCUGGCGAAAUUCAUCGAAAGAUUCGGACUCCUCAAAGGGAGCAUUUCGUGAAUGCGUCUUUGAGUGAAGAGAGCCUCCAGGAUAUUAUGUUCUGGAACGACCUUUACGACUGA